AUGAGACCCCAGCGGCUCCAGCAUCCCUCUCCCGGGGGCUCCCUGGCAUGGCUGCUGCUUCUCCUGGCGCUGCCGGGGGCCGCGCAGGGCUCGUUUGAGGUGAGCGUUUCACCGGAAGCUGCCAUGGUGGAGCACGGAGGGUCCGUCUGGAUAAACUGCAGCCACACGUGCCAGGAUCCUGGCGCCAGGGGCGGCCUGGAGACCUCGCUCAUCAAAACCGAUAGUAAAGGUGGACCCGGGUGGGCGGCCUUUCUCCUCGUCGGUAUCACAGAGUGGGUGUCGGUCCCUCAGUGCUACUUCAUCUGCAGUGGAGUUACGAGUGUGGUGGCUGCAAACAUCUCCUCUUACCGGGGGACGGACCCUGCACACGGAGACCUUCCAGAACCACACCGACCGACCCGCAACGUCACAGUGACCCACGAGAUCACCCCUCAGCAACGGGACCACGGGCAGGAGAUCACCUGCCACGCAGCCCUGGACCUGACGCCGCACGGGCCCCACUUCGAAAACAGCUCCUCCGCGGUGGAGCUCCAGGGUUAUGAUCUCCCAGAGCCCCAGCUCCAAACCUCCCGCUAUAUCGAGGUGGGCACCAGGGCGCCCGCCCGCUGUGGGGUGGCCGGGGUCUUCCCCGCCGCGGGAGAGGCCCGGUUCACCCUGUCCUUCGGGGGAGAGAGCCUGAACCUCACCGUCACCACAUCGGGCGACAUGGCCGCCGCCGAGGGCAAGGUUUGGUCCCUGUCCCCGGGAGAGCGCGAGCUGAACUGCACCGUGACCGUGGGGCCCGUGUCCAGAUCCGCAGGGCAGAGCGUUCUCGUCUACAGUCUCCCCGAGCCUGUCCUGGAGGUGACUGAGUCCCGACCCGUCGUUAACAGCAGCGUGACCGUUACGUGCCGUUCCCCUGAGGCCGACCCCCAGGGCGUCCUGCUCCAGCUCAGAGACGCCAAGGGAGUCCUGGUCUCCAGCGCCCCCGCCCAGCCCCGUGUGCAGCUCCAGCUGAAGGCUGGCGAGGAAGACGACGGGAGGGAGUUCACGUGUGAAGCAAGGCCUGGCUCAGGCAUCCCCGCCGUGAAACGCACGUCCGCCAGGCUCACUGUCCUCUACGGGCCCAGGAUGGACGACUCCGGCUGCCCCAGGGAGUGGAUCUGGAAGGAGGGGACGGAGCAGAGCUUUUCCUGCCUGGCCCGGGGGAACCCAGCGCCAGCCGUGGAGUGCACGAGGGACGGGGUGUCCGUCAGCAUCGGGGUGCAGCGGCAGGUCAGCAGAGAGGACGCCGGGACCUACCACUGCAACGCAUCCAACGCGUACGGCUGGGUCAGCCGGGAUGUGACCGUCCAGGUGGAGUACUUCGACAUCCUGCCGUUGGUCCUGGGGCUGGUCGCUGCGGCUGCUGCUGGGGCCGGACUAGCCGCGUGGGGCUACAUGUACUAUCGCUCCAAGAGAAUCCGCAAGUACCGGCUCCGACAGCAGCAGGCCAAGCAGGCCAAGCCGGCCGAGCAGAUGAGCCUGAAUGGGGCCGCCCAGAACACACCUGCUGUGGAGCACAGCGUCUAG